AUUAUCAGUCAAUUUCUUUACCGCAGCUGCCUUGUUAUAAUUCCAGAUCAAUCUCAACGAGGGAGAGGGAGAGGGAGAGAGACGGAGAGAGAUUGAGAGAGAGAUAUGGGGCACUCAAACAUCUGGAACGCGCAUCCCAAGACCUACGGCCCUGGCUCUCGCGCCUGCCGUGUUUGUGGAAAUCCUCAUGGGAUAAUUAGAAAGUAUGGGAUAAUGUGCUGCAGACAGUGCUUUAAAACCAAUGCCAAGGAAAUCGGUUUCAUCAAGUAUCGUUAAGUUGGGACUUGUCAUCUACCCCCACAGUCCUUCACCCUGCCGAAGAAGACUUGUGGUACCUGUUUUAUUGUCAAUUUAGUUUCAUGAAGAUGUAGUUUUGUUUUUCUGGAGACAAUGGAUCCAUCCUGAUGAUGUAAUAGAUUGAGUAAUUUGUAGACUAUUAAAGCAUUGGCAAAUUUGAAGCUGCUAUUGUUCUUUU